AUUAACAAAAUUUAAAGGUACAGUUUUAAUUACGAACAGCAAAGACGACAGCUUUGGCUCAGGGUGAAUAAGACCUUCUCCGGCCACCAGGAGGCGCAGCGCUCGGCGCCGCCACGCUGACUGCAGUGCCGCGAUCCCGCGGAGGGAACGUCCCCUCCAAGGGGAAAACGCUGGGAGAGGGCACCUCGCAAAUUGGCCUUUUAUUAUGUAGGAAUAUUAUAUAGGACCCCAUGCUGUAGUUUACAUCCCGGUGACUAUUCCAUAGCUGCACGCCAAGGCGCCUGAGGAGGCAGGUGGAGGACACUGAAUGACAACUACCAGCGGCUCUCAAAGCAGCAGCAGUGAAACCAACCACGGUCACCCAGGGACUGGCUUAAUCCGAUGGACAAAAGCGGCGACCUCCCCGAGGACGCUCCUAACUGGACGCGGGGAGACUGGAACACACACCCUGCAGCCGCCAGCGAGGACCCGCCCGCCUAUCGCGAUAGCAACCUCAGCCUUUCCCACACCACACGCCGUGGGGCACGAACUCUCGCGAGAGCAGCCUCUAACGCGAAAUGCUGUGGCGGAGAGAACUCUCGCGAGAACGAGUGCCACCCCCGAGGGUACUUGGCGCCGGGGAGCCGAGAAACAUGGCGCGGCCAGAGCCGUCCUGGCGCCGGCUCAACCCGCAGCUGGAGCGCGACGUGCGGGAGCUCGUGCGCCACGUGGCGGGCCUCAGGGACGACGUGGACCCCAACUUCCAGCUCUGCCUGCACUUCGCCUGGUCCAACUUCAGAUUUCAUCGUUUCUUGGAUGUCAACAGUCACAAAGUAGAAAAGACAAUAGAAGGAAUUUAUGAAAAAUUCAUCAUUCAUUCUGAUCUUGGUAAAGCUGCCAGUUGGAAGAGAUUAACUGAGGAAUUUCUAAAUGCAUCACUUCCGAACAUAAAGGAAAUAAAGGUGGGCAUUAUAUUGUGAGAUCUCCGUUGUGUGUGUUACCAUUUCCAAUCUGAAUACUGUCAGCUAUUGUCUGUUAAAUAGACCUUCAUUCACUUAGUCUUGUUCACUGGCUAGAGCAGAACACGCUAGGAACUGACGCAAGCAUUGCCAUGAAGCCCAGUGUGCUUCAGGCUCAAGGUGAAAGAACAAGCAUGCGCUUGUUUAUCAU